UCCAUGGCAGUUAGGGGUCCUGUCCUGUUUGGGCCCUCUCCUAGAUCAGGAGCUCAGUGCCUAAUCAGAGGCCCCUUCAUUCCCAAGCCUAUGGUGGCAACUGCUUCACAUAAUGAAAAUAUUUAAAAGAUGAGGGACAACUGAGCCUGGAAAGGGAAGUGGGCCAAAGGAUAGAGAAUAGAAUAGGUUCUCAAGAUGGGGACAAGGAGCUCUAAGAGUGAGUCCUGUGGGUCAGGAGAAAGGGACCAAGAUCAGAGGCCUGGAAGGGAAGAGGAAAUCUGGGAGUUGGAAUCAACUGGGGAUGAACCAGAGGACAGAGUGAAGACUUCCAUCCCUUCCUACAGGAGUGGCAGGCGGCUGCCUGGUAACCAUCGCAGGGACUCCCUGUUGCCCUUUCAAUGGAGAAUUAAACAUAGUUCUCGCUGGCUAGCACAGGUGUUGGCCUCUGAGCUCAGCCUGGUGGCCUUCAUCCUGUUACUGGUCAUGGUCUUUUCCAAGAAAUGGCUGCACCUCUCUGGGAGCCGCUUCUACCAGCGCUGGCCAGCAAAUGUCAGCAACAGAAUCUACACAACUGCCCAUGCCAUGUCUAUGGGACUCCUAUACAUCUACAAACCCAGCAGCUGCUAUGAGUCAGAGAAUGGGAAAGAUGCUUUUAACCUGUGGAAAAAUCAGCCGAUAUUUGGGGUGACCAAGAUAACCUUCACCCUGGCCUUUGGGCUGGCCUUUGUCCUCACCACCUGGUUGCAUCUGUCAUACCUGCCCCGUGUUCGUAAACUGCCCUUCUUUGGCUUGAUUGGGACCAUUCUGAGCUUCUGUGAAGUCAUCAUCAUGCUCUCCACCCUCCUGUUGUUCCCUAUUAACCUCUGGCUCUUCGAGUUGAAGAGGAACGUAUCCAUUCCCAUUGGCUGGAGCUAUUUCAUCGGGUGGCUGGUGUUUACACUAGAUGUCACCUGUGCGAUUCUUUGCUACAUCAACCAUAAAAGUUUUUGGAGUCUGAUUCUGAGCUGUUCCCCUGGCACCAUUUUCUGUGGCAACAGUUCUGAGUUAGUGCAAGAACCUCUGAGUAAAAAAACUAUCUCAGCUACCUCUAUCUGCCAGGAGAAAGACUGGGACCCCGAGCAAAAGGAAGACAGAGAACCAGAUUCUGUUGAGUCGUCUCAGCCUCAUACCAUUCGCAAGAAAUGAGAAAGGGAGGAGUGUCACACUCCUCCGCCCUGCCUGGAGCUUGGGUGAUGUGGAAUAAAUUGUCUCUUCUUCAUUAUGUCUAAGCGUUGUUGAGGCAAACUGGAGGAGGGCGAGAAAAGAAUUAAAAACAAACAAACAAA